UCAUUCAUAUGUUAAAACAUGAACACAUAUGUAUGAAUGCAGACCUCUUGACUUACUGUUUUAGUAGCCUUUUGACCAAUGGGAUUUCAGCAUGCAUUGUACUAAUAUACACUCCUGGAUUGGCUUAACUGCCUCUGAUGUCACAAUUUACCCAUUAGGAAGUCAUAAGUUUCUUGAAAUCACAUUGAACUAAUAACAUCUCUUGAAUUUUCAUUAUAAGGAAGAUAAAGUUCCAAGAGUCAAAAUGCUGGGAGGAACAAGGCAUCAUUCAUCCCGGCAGGCUGUCUUCGCUCACGUGCUGUAGUGCUCUGCUCUUGGCAGCUCAGCCGAGCUCCUCCACCUCCCUUAACAGCCGAUGUUAUUUUGUUUUUCAUUGCUAUCUGUUAGUGGAGGGAUGAACCCACUUGGACUUCCUCUUUCAGUUUCUAAGUCAUCUGUUUCAUCUUGGCUGUUGAGACUUGGCGUCUUUUUACUACUUAGCCUCCCCAACUCCAGAGGAAAAGCCAUAUGGACGGCUCAUCUGAAUAUAACCUUCCAGGUGGGAAACCGGAUCAUAUCUGAGCUGGGAGAGAGUGCCGUGUUCGGGAAUCAUUCUCCUUUGGAAAGGGUGUCUGGUGCCUUGGUGCUUCCUGAAGCGUGGAACCAGAACGCAUGUAAUCCCCUGACGAACUUCAGCAGGCCAGGUCAGGCCGGCUCUUGGCUGGCCCUCAUUGAACGGGGAGGCUGCACUUUUACUCAUAAAAUCAACGUGGCUGCAGAGAAGGGAGCCAACGGGGUGAUCAUCUACAACUAUCCAGGUACAGGCAACAAGGUAUUCCCCAUGUCCCACCAGGGAACAGAGAAUAUAGUGGCAGUGAUGAUAGGCAACCUCAAAGGAAUGGAGCUUCUGCACUUGAUUCAGAAAGGUGUCUAUGUGACGAUCACCAUUGAGGUGGGGAGAAUGCAUAUGCCAUGGCUGAGCCACUAUGUUAUGUCUCUGUUUACCUUCCUGUCAGCCACGAUUGCCUACCUUUUCCUGUACUGUGCCUGGCGACCCCAAGUGCCCAAUUCUUCCACCAGGAGGCAGAGACAGAUGAAGGCCGACGUGAGGAAAGCUAUUGGCCAGCUGCAGCUUCGAGUGCUCAAGGAAGGAGAUAAGGAGCCAAACCCAAAUGAAGACAGCUGUGUUGUUUGUUUUGACAUAUACAAAGCGCAAGAUGUAAUACGGAUUCUAACUUGCAAACACUUUUUCCACAAGACGUGCAUUGACCCCUGGCUUUUAGCGCACAGGACGUGCCCCAUGUGCAAGUGCGACAUCCUGAAACCUUAAGAAGCCAAGAAGUCUUUCCGCAGACUAAAAUUAGGUGAAUUUGCUAACUGUACUGUACACACAGGGAAAACUUGACCCUUAGUUCCUCUACUUGGCCACUGAAGAUGAAAUUUGUGUGCUUUGAAAAUAAAACUCCAUAUCAUGUCCACGAGCUGUUGUCUUAUUGGUCAGUUUAAUUGUUAGACACUGUUGUCGCCGUCCAUGUUAAAGACAGCACUCACCCUAGUCCUCAGAGUGCUAUGAUUAAGGGAUUGAUGC